UUGAGACCAUUGCGAAAUCGCCCCUUGUCGUCCCGGUCGCUUCGCGUUUCGAGGCGGAAGUGGCCGCUCGAGAAACUCGGACGAACUUCGCCACCGCGGCGUCUCUGACGAGCGGCUCGCCUCGCCCGAGACACCCCUGCCGGCAUGAAGCCGCUCGGGGGGGCCGAGGACUCCCGAAGAGGAACCGCGACGGAGGGCGACCCGUGGAAGGCGCACGUCCUGCUGCAGCUGCGCCGCAGAGACCGCGAGCAGUGCCACCGCUUCCGAGACCUCGUCUGCGCCUACGCUGGCCUGCUGGACAAAAGCGGCGGGAGCGACCGGAUCGUGGCCGGCGGAAGACGUGGCGCCGUCUCGCCGACGCGCGUGCAGCUCCAGAAGGCCGCCGGAGAGUUGGCGUAUCAAGUGGUGGAGAGGCAGCAGCGGGUGAAAAUGCAAGACCGCGUUUUGGAGGAGCAGCGUGACAGGCUGCUGCAAGACGAGCGGCGGCUGGCGGGCGCGCGCGACCUGCGCCGGCAGCUGCGCCUGCGGGCCGAGCGGCUGGCCGAGCGGAACGGGCGCCUGAAGGCCGACUACGACGCCCUGAUGGAGCGCCAGAGGCGGGCCGAGCGCCGCCUCAGGGACGAGAAGCUCCGAGGGAGCGGCCUGCUGGAGGACGUCCUGGCGCUCAAGCGGCAGGCGGCCGCGCGGCUCAACCAGCGAAACCACGCACGCUGCAGAGCUCAAGACGUCAACCUGCAGAGGGAGCUGCAGACCGCCGCCACCUCCCAGGUCAACGUCGACGGCUCGCUGGGCGCCGCGCGCUGGAGGUGUUUAGCGCUGAAGAAAAAGCCGCUGGAAAAAAGUCCCAACCGACCCCCGAGAUCCGCCGCGGCCUCGCACGGCCCUCCGAGGAUCCCGGCGUCCAUCCGACAUCUCUUUGAGAGGAGGCGGGGCCCAUCCGGGCCGGCUUCGGAAGAGGAGGAGCCGGCGAGUCCCGUCAGGGUGCCGGCGUCGGCCCGGGUUCCCGGCCGAGCCCUGCACGUACUGGAAGCCCACGAGCAGGGCGUCAACGCGGCGGCCUUCUGCUCCGGCUCCGCCCUGCUGGCCAGCGCUGGAACCGACAGGGUGGUCAAAGUGUGGCGGGUCCGAGCGGGCGCCCUCGGACACCUGACCACCUUGGACGGCAGCACGGAGGGUCUGACCUGCGUCCAGUUUGACCCCACGGGUCGCAGGAUCCUGGCGGGCUCGUACGACAAAUCGGCUCUGUUGUGGUGCUUGGACCGCCCCGUCGCCAAGCUGACCCUGACGGGCCACGGCAGGAAGGUGACGGCCGCUCGCUUCAGCCGCCAUCAAGUGGUGACGGGAAGCGCCGACGGGACCGUCAGGAUUUGGGACCUUCAACGAGCCGCCUGCGUCCACUUGGCCCAAGCGUCGUCCUUCUGCAGCGACGUCGUCUGCUCGGAAAACGUGGCCAUCAGCGGACAUUUCGACCGCAAGAUCCGAUUGUGGGACACCAGGCUGUCCGGCUGCGUCCGCUGCCUGUCGGCGCAGGGCAAGGUGACGUCUUUGGACCUGAGCGCCGACGGCCGGCAUCUGCUCAGCUGUUGCCGUGACGACGGCCUGCAGCUGCACGACGUCCGCCGGUGGAGCCACCGCAGCGCCGCCUUCAGAGCGCCAGGGUUCAAAUGUGCCAGCGACAGCACCAAAGCGGCCAUCAGCCCCGACGCUUGCUUGGCGGCGGCGGGAUCGGCGGACGGCGCCGUCUACGUUUGGAACGUCUCGGCCGGAGAGCUGGAGACGCGCCUGGCCGACGCUCACAGCGCCUCCGUCAGCGCCGUCUGCUGGUCGUCGUCCGGCGAGUACGUGGCCAGCGUGGACAAAAAGGGGCGGGCCGUCCUCUGGAGCGACCUCUGAAGGCGACGCCGAGGCCCGGGAGACUUUCUUCUUUGUCCCUUUGGCAAAUGUUGAGUUACGGCGCCACCCUUUGGCCGCCGAGUGAAAUGCGGACGGUCCACUUAACCGGCGAGCCGAAGCCCGAACCCUCGCGGCUUCGCAUCCCUCCACUCCG